AUGGCAAACGGUCGCUCCUCGCAGGACGAGCGCAAGCUCGAGAGUGGAACUCCUUCCAGUCCCUCCAGCGGUCUGCACCCCGCUUUCUACAUUGCUCUGUGGAUUGCUUUGAGUUCCAGUGUCAUCCUCUUCAACAAGUGGGUUCUUGCCAGCGCCAAGUUCAAUUUCCCGCUUUUCUUGACAACAUGGCACAUGUUGUUUGCGACGGCCAUGACCCAGAUCCUGGCCCGCUUCACCGACAAACUGGACUCUCGGCACAAGGUGCCCAUGACCCCGGCUACCUACACGCGGGCUAUUGUUCCGAUCGGUAUCAUGUUCAGCUUGAGUCUGAUCUGCGGUAACCUGGCGUACCUCUACCUGAGUGUGUCGUUCAUCCAGAUGCUCAAGGCCACCAACGCCGUCGCCACCCUUCUCGCGACGUGGGCCUUUGGCAUUGCGCCGGCCAACUUCCGCACUCUCGGCAACGUGACCUUGAUUGUGGUGGGUGUUGUGAUCGCCUCGUUUGGCGAGAUCAAGUUCGACAUGUCUGGAUUCCUGAUCCAGGUCGGUGGUAUCAUCUUCGAGGCUCUGCGUCUGGUCAUGGUGCAGCGUCUGUUGAGUUCGUCCGAAUUCAAAAUGGACCCCCUGGUGUCGCUGUAUUACUAUGCGCCGGCGUGCGCCGUGACCAACGGCAUUGUCACCAUCUUCGCCGAGCUCCCGCGCCUGACCAUGCUCGACAUCUACUCCCUUGGCGUGGGGACUCUGAUUGCUAACGCCCUGGUUGCUUUCCUUCUCAACGUUUCCGUUGUUCUUUUGAUUGGUAAGACCUCCGCGGUCGUCCUGACCAUGGCCGGUAUCCUGAAGGAUAUCCUUCUGGUCGCCGCGUCCAUGAUCAUUUUCCGUGACCCCGUCACCGGCCAGCAGUUCUUCGGCUACUCCAUCGCCCUCGCCGGCCUGGUGUACUACAAGCUCGGUGCCGAGAAGAUUCAGACCCUCACCUCCGAUGUGCGCCUCCAGGUGGGCGAGUACCGCCGCAGCAACCCUGGCAAGGCCAAGGCCAUCAUCCUGGUCGCGGUUGUCGGUGCCGUUCUGCUCUUCCUGCAGAGUGGCUCCCCUGCUCCCCAGCCGACUACCUAA